UAUUCAGCUGAUCGACACUCUUUUCUUCUGCAAUGGAGGUAGAUAUAUCAGAGGUCUUAAGGGUACUCGAUUCUUCACUUUCUCGAACUAACUGGCGUCUCAGAGCUUCAUCAAAGCGUCGUCUUGAGACAGAUAUCCUGGCAUUAUGCAGUGGAAUGAGACCAGUAAUAAUGAUAGAUUAUGGUGGAAAGAUGCCUGAAUUGAGAGAAAGACUAUGUGCAUUUCUAAAGCUCAACAAAGAGGAGUCUUCUAUCUUUGAAAACUUGAGAGUCAUGGUUAUUGAAGAUAUGAUAUAUCUAAUACAUGUCAAAGCGAUUGCAGAUUUUAUCAAAUUAACAAUAAACAAAGAUGUCAAACUGCAUUUUGUUGACCUUGAACACGAUCCACCAAAGAUGAUACCCGAGGUUGAAACAAGUUCUAUAGGAGCACAAUUUAUAUCACUUCAGAAGCUGUUUUCAUCAGUCUUUUCUACUGAUGUAAUAACAAAUGAUGUUUCUGACUUCAUUGAUCUCACUCAUUUUAUGCAAGAUACAGUCAUCACUUUGCCAACUCUAAAUGGGUGGCUUCUUGGUUACCCAGUGGUGUAUAUUUUUGGGAAGGAUCAUAUAGAAGAUGCUGUAUAUAAUCUUUCCACCAAAUCACUACAUCUUUUUAACAUUUUUGUCCAAAGGAACAAUAGCUCCAGUAAAAAACCUUCUGAAGAAGAAUUAAUGAGUUUUUCUGUACCUUAUGAUCUGAGCAUAGAUGGGGAUAAUGAAGUGUGGGCAGAGGUGUUCCUUGUAGGCAUGAGGGCAAAAUGGGAAGAAUGUAAAAAUGUUUGGGGGUCAUUGAGAAUGGAAGUUAGUGCUACUUAUCCACAAGCAAUUGCAUUGUAAUAACUAUUUUCAGUUGAUAUAGUUGUAUGUAUGUUGUCCAAAGACCAAAGGGCAAAAUAGUCAUUUACACUUUUGAAGAUGUUUUGGUUUGGUGAGUCAACAUUGGGAUGCAACAUAGAGAUAGUACAAACAUAGAGAACAAGAAUUGAUGACUCGUGUUAUAUAAUUUUUAUUCAACAAUUCGGGUUGUGUGUUGAUUAUUUAAUAUUGUAAUUGGGAGUAGUUGAAUUUGUUUGGAUUUUCUUUAUUUUUUGGAGAACUUAAUGUAUUAUAUACGGAU